AUGCCCAACUCAACUAAUCAAAUGGGCUUCCGACAAGCACUAGAAGAAGCCCGAGACCGCGACGACGAAAACAUCCCACCCCACAUCAAGAAAGUCCUCGAAACCGCCAUCGACGAGCUGUGGUCGAGAGUCCAGAGCCAGCCGGACAGCUACGUGCUCGAUCGCGACGAGUUCGCCUUGUUCAACUACCACCGCGAGCGCUUUCGAGGCUCCGUCAUCGCCCAGAGGGCUGUCGCGCGGUUCUGGGAUAAUUAUCGACGGGAUAGUCCUAGCCAGAAGACUUAA